AGAAGACAGACGAGAGAUAUUUUCUGUUAAACUUUCACAGCUUAAUCUAUACAAGCCAGACGAAAUCAUAUACGUUGAGAGCGAACAUUUGAAAAAAGCACUUUGUAUUUCUUUUGAUUAUUUCAGAUUUAAUUGAAGGACAUUGUGAUGGAACAACCAACCCAGGACCAGUCAGAGUGUCCUUCUGCAUUGCAGAUGCCUGAUACGCUGCCUAUUGAUCUGCCUCCAGCUAACAUAAUGGACAUCUGCAUUACCAUCAAUGAUGGCUUUUUUCUGCUAAUCAAACAGGGAUUGAUGUUGAAUGACACCCUGGACACAUGUGAUAUGAUCACUACACCAGUGUUCUCUUGUUUGGAUAUUAUUCAGACUUUGGCAGAGGGCAUCGUUGAUGUGGUGAUACCACAGGUCUACAGAUACACGAGAUCCUAUGGCACCUUUUCUCCAUCCAUCCUUGGUCUAAAUGAGGAACGAAUUCACACCUAUUUAGGGGAUACCAUUGAAUUAACAUUGACUAGAUUUUUAAAUGUCGAUGUGCGGAAUUUUGUAUCCAUCAGGAAGUUUUCAGAGUUACUUGUGAGAAACAUUACAAAAGCAGUCAACUCAGUCCUGGCUUUGACCACUCAGACUCCCAUUUGGGGCUCCAGAGUCCCUGUGUUUUUUGUCAGUGGCUGUGAGACUUCUGUCAGAGACCUUAUAGAUUUGGCUUGGCUAAUGGUCUUGAUACUGACUGAAGCGCGUGAUUCCAGAAGAGCACAGAAGACACAACGCAGAACACGGGAGACAGAAGACAGAACACAGGAGGCAGAAGACAGAACACAGGAGACAGAAGACAGAACACAAGAGACAGAAGACAGAACACAAGAGACAGAGGACAGAACACAGGUGGCAGAAGACAGAACACAGGAGACAGCUGCGUCACCACUCCACUGGAAUCCACUGGAAUCCACUGGAUUAAAACCCCCUUUAUUUUUAAAUCAGUCUAGAAAUACAUUAAGAAGUAUGUUAAAGAACCACAUCCUUUCCAUUGUAAAUGCCUUCAGAAGUGAAGCGCGAAUGCCUUGGGUAGAAAUGAACACCAGCAACCACAGGAAAAUCUGUAUUAGAGUUGGUACAAACACACAAGCAUUGACAGUGGAAGACAGUGAGUCAUACAAAGGGCCUUCCUGUAGUGCUUCCCACAUUUUACCAGGUGCUGUGCCUGAGUCCUCUUCUGCGUGCCUCCCAUCAGCUACAGUGACUAAUAGAGGAGUUAACUAUGAUUUUGACCCAAGGAUGGACGUAAGGAUCAUUAGUGAGGUAGUUGACGACCUGGUAGAAUCAUUUUGGAAGGAUCCACUGGAGGUAGAGCAGAUAGAGAGUUACCAAAACGCUGCCCACGAUGGACAGGAUUCUUUUGACCUCGUUAAGUUAAGACAACUCACGGAUGAAAUCUUUAAUGUAAUAAUGAACGGACAGGUUUACCAGAUUCCCUUAGUGCCCCCUACAGUACGCAUGUGUGACACUGUCACAUAUGAGAAGCGAAUGAGUGUGGACGUCCCCAACACGAGCCUCGCCACUCAAUCGCUUUACAUGAGGACAGAGGAAGUUGCUACUCGCUGUGCUCUGCAGGUUCUCCUGUGGUCGGCAGUAAACCGUGAGUGGCAUGAAUCUUCACCAAGUGAACUGUCGUUUGGUUCUGAAUUGGAUUCGUUUAUGGCAAGACACGCGGCAGGAGACCGUGCAAGUACAAGUACGUAUGGCCGUGCAAGUGCAAGUGCAAGUGACCUUGCAAGUGACAUUGGAAGUGACUUCUCUGGAACCAUUUCUCUAGAUUCAUUUAGCAGGUUUGGGUCUCUUCAGUCGCCUGACCCAGUGCUGACAGGACAGUCAGAAGCUCUGGAAGAACUUGUAUGCACUCUGCUGGUUGAGGAGUUGUUAAAAAACAUCGGUGAAAGAAACUUUGGUAUGUUGGAAAUAGUGGCCGAUCUUAGAAAUCUGGACCUUAGUAUGUACAACCAUUUCCACGCCUACCUGAUGGGCCAUAGUUAUAAAUCCAUUAUCCAGUCAGCCAUGGCUGAACUCCUGGAAGAGUAUGGUUCUGUGGAGGAGAUGCAGCGAGCGAUGAGAAUGUGGGAUAGCACCUUUCGGUACAAUGUCGUGAAAAUACUGAAGGAACAAUUGACAAAUCUGACACCUCCAGUGUGUCGGGGACAUGCAACUGUGGGCAGGAAGAGAACCUGUGGGCUCUUCAAGAAAUUCAAGAAACUGUGCUGCAUGAAAACCUUUAGGAGGGCUAGCAAUGUCACUCCUUUGAUCUCUCUAAUGGAUGACCAUGGAGACAGUCAGUCGAUCUCCUGUUUUAGAAGAAUGUUUUCCUCCUUUGCCAGAGCCAUCAGAAAGCCAUUCACUGCUUGCUUUAGCCCACAGAGCGAGUGAAGUUUCGCCAAGAAUUUUCAGGCCAAGAUAGUUUCGACUUAGACUUAAACUUAUUUAGACAGACUUAGACAGACUUUAAUGAUCCACAAGGGAAAUUAUUCAAAAGCGCCAUUUACAUGCUAAUUAGUUAAAACUGUAUCUCCCAGACACCCAUUAGCCCUUGAAGGGGGCGCCCUCUUCUGUGGUCCUUCUCAAGAUUUGUUCCAUUUUGCCUGUUAAAGGGUAUUCAUGGGAGUUUUUUCUUGCCCGGCUGAGGGGCGUGUCUACCUUAGAGCUGUCGUAUGUGAUAUUUUGUUUUACUAUUUUUAAUUACUUACUUUUACUUUUAAUUUCUUCUUAAUUAAUUAUUAAUCUAUCAAUAUUCUUUUCUUCUUACUAUUAGUAGCACAA